CUGCUAAAAUGGAUUCCGACUCUGGCUCCAUGUGCAGCCGCUCUUCAUCCCCAGACUUGGUGGUGGACGACUCUGCCGGGAGCUUCUUCUCCAACAAGAUGUUCCAGACGUACUGCCAUGAAAACAGAGAAGACAGCGAAGCCGGCCAGGGCAGGACGGACCGCUGCAGCGGGGGCGGUAAAAUGAAGGCCAGGUCUGACCCCAACAAGGACGAGGUGCAAGACCUGAGACUGAAAGUCAACAGUCGGGAGAGGAAAAGGAUGCACGAUCUGAACCAGGCGAUGGACGGCCUGCGAGAGGUCAUGCCCUACGCUCAUGGACCUUCAGUCCGCAAGCUGUCAAAGAUCUCCACCUUGCUGUUGGCUCGCAACUACAUCCUCAUGCUGUCCAGCUCCUUGGAGGAGAUGAAGAAGUUGGUUGGGGAUGUUUAUGGAGGUAGUGCUGCUGUUCAGAGCCGCGCCGCUGCCCACCCUGCUAUCACCCCUGCAGCCCCUACCGCCCACCUCUCCCUGCACCCUCUGGCCCAGUCUCUGCACUCUCUGGUGGCCAGCACGCCUUCAGCCCUCCAGCAUCACACACCUCCCGCUGCAGCCCCGCACUCCCCUCCAUCCUCCACCUUUCUGGGCUUUCAUGCUCCAGUCCAGAGUCUUCUGAAGGACCCCCUCCACCUGGCCAGCUCCUACAGGCACUUCCCCGGCAUGCCCUGCCCCUGCUCACUUUGCCAGCCUUUGCCCACCACUACCUCCACAUUACACAGCCUGUCGAUGACCAAGUGA